ACAAAUUAAUAUGGAUAAUAAAUGGAAUUAUUUCCAUUUAUUAAGUGAUCAUAUAAACAGUCGUCUGAUCUAACAUAACAUAUUUCUAAUCCAACAUUAUCCAUAUAUUAAAUAUUAUACCUAAUAUUUUAUUUUAGGUGGUAUUCAAGCAAGAAUUCAACUGAAUUAACUUCAUUCGAUGACUAUAUUGAAAGAGCAAAACCAGGAUAAGAUUCUAUCUAUUACUUGGCAGGUGAAAAUAAAGAAUAAUUGUUGUCAUCUCCAAUCAUUCAAGGCUUAAUCAAAAAAGGAUAUGAAGUCUUAUUGUUGGAAGAUCCAGUCGAUGAAUUCACAUUCUAACACUUGAAUGAAUACAAAUAAAAGAAACUCGUUAAUGUUGGCAAAGGUGACUUCAAGCAACCAGAAGAUAAUGAUGAACAAAGAAAGAAAUAAAAGGCAUUGAAGAAAGUGUUCUAACCCUUGACUGACUGGUGGAGAAAGUUGUUAUCAGAAAAUGUUGAUUCAGUUGUCAUUUCAUAAAGGUUGAUUGAAGAUCCCAUCAUUGUGGUUUCCUCAGAAUCAGGAUAUUCAGCCAAUAUGGAAAGAAUAUCAAAAGCAUAGGCUUAUUCAAGCAAGGGUAGCAAUUCUCAACAAUUUGGUAAGAAGAUUGUUGAAAUCAAUCCAAAUCAUUAAGCUAUAUAAGAAUUGUUAUAGAGAGUUAAAGAUGACCCUGAUUAAGAAACUGAAGAAAUGGCUAGAGUUCUCUAUGAAGCUGCUUUAGUCAAUUCAGGUAUAUUAUUUAAUUGAUUGUAAUCUAGGAUAUUCAAUCCCAAAUCCAGAAAAGUUUGCUAGUAGAUUCUAUAAAUUAUUUAAUUCAGCCUUGGGUAUUGACAGAGAUGCUCCAAUUAAGGAAUUCGAAGUUGAAAUAGAAGAGGAACCCGAGACAUCUUCUGAACCAACCAUCGAUUAAGAUGGAACUAAAUGGGAAAAAGUAAACACAGAUGACGCAAAAUGGGAAACUGUAAGUGAUGAUAAAAGAGAUGAUUUAUGA